AUGAACCAUUCGGGAAGUGGAAAACGUCAGGCGAAGGUUUUGGAAGAAAACUAUUGGGACUGCAGUGUUUGCACAUAUAGAAAUACCGCAGAAGCAUUUAAGUGCCUCAUGUGUGACGUCCGCAAAGGAACUUCGACGCGGAAACCCCGUAUUAAUCCCCAACUUGUGGCACAACAGGUUGCACAGCAACAAUAUGUACCACUUUUAAAACCUGGAAAAAAGGAAGGCGGAAGUGGGGGUAGUACAACUAGUAGUGGUAAAGAAAAAGACCGUAAAUUGGACAAACCAAGGCGUAAAAAUAGGCAUCCACCUCGUCUUAAAAAUAUAGAUCGUAGUACUGCUCAGACCAAUGAAGUGACAGUGAACAAUGUUACUGUCGUUAUUACAGAAUAUAAGCCCAAAGUGAAAAAAAGUUCAGAUCAAUCUGGUUUAUCUAGCAGUGCUUCUUCUGAAAAUGGAAGUCAGCAUGAUUCUAAUCAAGAUUCUAGAAGUCUUGAUAUAGGAACAGAUGCUUAG